AUGAGCUCGAAUUCUUUCCCCUAUUCCGCCGCAACUUCUGAUGUAAAAGUUAGAAUGGUUGAGGCCCAGGUGUCUACUUCUUGUGAAGCUGAAGUCAACAGACCUGAAAACACAAAAAAAGCUAUGCUUCUAAGCAAAAGGAGUACAAAGAUUGGGGCGACAAAGCUUUCUCGAGCAUUCUCCUCGAAACUAGCUACACCGUAUAUGGGGAUAAACUCCAUUUGUUUCUUAAAGAUUGAAUCAGUUGAUACUUUCAUCGAGACAGAUAUUGAGCCUGCGGAUGUGCUUCUGCAGAGGGCAAUGCCUCUGAUGGUUAGAAAGUUGGCAGAUAUGCAGAGCGAUAUCUCCAGAUAUAUGAGCGCAAUGACAACUGGGUACGGUGCUCCCUCACAGCAGAUCAAUGAUUUGGUGUCUGGGAGAAUCUCCCUUAGAUUCUUCCAAGAAGAUGGAGGGGAAAGAGCUGGUGUCCCACCAAUGAACAUGGCACCAUUCCCGCCCCAAGUGCACAGUUCUGGAAGCAGUUCCCAGCAGCCAGCCACACCUGCUAGCAUUUUUAAACAGAGCUUAUUGAAGUGGUGCAAGCUUCCCGAAUUUCAGGGUUCUAUGCUUUUUGAGAGUGAAAAAAUCGGAUAUUUUGAUCAACAUUCGAGUAAUUGUAAUAUAAUAAACCUCGAAGAGGUGGAUCACAAUGUGUCUCACCAGGUUACUUAA